AUGAGAGUUUCAUUACUGUCGGCAUUAUUAGCAAACACGCCGAUGCGACAUGGUGUCAAAAUUAACAGCCGACUGUCGUUGCUCGUUAAUGAGAUGGUUGUUCCUUCAAGUUUGAUAUGCUUAUGUUCAGAAAGUAUGAACAAAGAUGUUGAGGCACUGGAAGAUUCAGAAGCGCUCAUCCUGAUAUGUAAGCAGUUUGAUGUUCCACCAAACAUGUGA